UUCGUUAUAUUGUCGAAGAGGAGUCGGAGUCGGUGGGGAAAAGGGACGUUAUAAAGGAGACGUCUUCUACUUACUACUACUUCUACUACUACUACGACUAUCUUCAUGUCGAAUGUAAACUUUUGUUUAUUUCUGGUUGGUUUAUUGAUUAUAUGAAGAGAAAGAAAGGCGAAGGGAACAGGGAACCCCUGUCUACGGAAAGCAAGGUGCUGGAUAUCAAAGGAGUACAUGAAUUACUUGAAGUAGUAGAAGAAGAAGAAGAGGAGGAAGGAGAGGAAGCAGAAGAGGAAGAAGAAGAAGAAGAAGACGAAGAAGAGGAAGAAUUUGAUGAAGAAACUGAUUUUGAUGAGGAGGAAACUGAUUAUUUUGAUGAAGAAGACGACUAUUUUGACGAGGAGGAAUUAGAAGAAGAGGAAGAAGUGGAGAAGGAGGAAGAAGAAGAAGAAGAAGAAAAAGAACAGCCACAGGAACAAGCAUCAGUGUGAACUGGAAGCUCACCAACUGUGUUAGGGUAACUCUUCUCUUCCUGUAUAAACAUUACAAGAAGUUUUGGAAGCCUCUUAUAACCCCCAGUUACUUUACUACAGUUUUUAAGCAAGGACAGUCUUCAGAGGUUGUUUUUGCAGACAAGUUUCACUGUCGAUGUUUCUUCUCAAAAGAUGAUAACUAAAAAUAUCUCAAGGUAUGUAAGAACUGAAG